CCCUGAUCUGCACAGCUUGUUGAUCAGGUUAUGGUAUGUUCUCCUCCCAUUGAGUGUAGUCUGUAAAAUAUGCAGUGAGGAAUUAUUUUACACUUCACUUCUCCAGUCAAAGCCUUAUGAAACAAUGGAUCUCUCACUGCAUGCUCUGGUGUAGGAGAACUGCAAAAUUUUACAUUUAUCAGGGAGAACAAUGACAAUACACAAGGAGGAAGCCAAGGAGACCUCUCCUCUAUCAGAAAAACCUCAUGGAAUAAAGAGACUGUUCCGUCAACUGGUACCUUAUGGAUUCUGUAAUGAAGCAAAGAAACAGUUUGGGUUGGCCAUCCCUGUGUUCUUAUCUCGAUUCAUGGUACUGCUUAUAAUAAUGGUGAGUUCCAUGUUUUCUGGCCAUUUAGGAAAAAUUGAACUGGAUUCUGUUACGCUUGCUUCGUCUGUUAUAAAUAUAAUUGGUAUAUCAAUUGGUUCUGGAAUGAGUUCUGGGUGUGAUACACUGAUGUCCCAGACAUAUGGCAAGAAGAAUAUGAAGCGAGUGGGAACAAUCCUGCAAAGAGGAAUUCUUAUUCUAAUGCUGUGCUGCUUCCCCUGCUGGGCAAUACUUAUUAAUACAGAGCAGGUAUUGCUACUGUGCAAGCAAAAUCCAGAUAUCGCCAGGUUAACACAAAAAUAUGUGAUGAUCUUUUUACCUGGUCUACCUGCAGUAUUCCUACAUCAGCUGCAAACAAAAUAUUUACAAAAUCAGGGUAUUAUAUGGCCUCAGCUUUUCACUGGCAUAGCAGCAAGCCUCAUCAAUGUUGUUCUCAAUGCUAUUUUCAUGUACGUCUUUAAACUGGGAGUGGAAGGUUCAGCUUGGGCAAACACAGUUUCUCAAUGGACGAUGGCACUUUCACUUUUUCUAUACAUAAUUGCCAAAAAAGUGUAUGUGGAAACAUGGGGAGGAUGGUCCACAGACUGUCUUCAGGAGUGGGAUAUAUUCAUAUACCUUGCUAUCCCCAGCACACUGAUGCUUUGCGCUGAAUGGUGGAGCUUUGAAAUUGGAGGUUUUUUCGCAGGGAUUAUUGGCAUUGUGGAGCUGGGAGGACAAGCCAUUAUGUUGGAGUUGGUAACAGUGGCUGCAACGCUUCCAAUUGGCUUUGGUACAGCUGCCAAUAUCAGGGUUGGAAUUGCUUUAGGAGAGGGAAACAUUGAACAAGCAAAAAUGUCUUGUAAAGUUGUACUUUACUGCACAGCAUUUGUUUGCCUGUUGGUCAGCUGUACUGCACUUGCACUGAGAAACGUCAUAGGUUAUAUGUUUACAACCGAUAGAGAUGUUAUUGCUUUGCUUUCAAAAAUCAUGCUCCUAUUCGCUCCACUGCACCUGUGUGACGGAAUAAAUACAGCCUGCAGUGGAAUAUUAAGAGGAACAGGAAGACAAAAAAUUGGUGCUUUUACAAAUGUUUUGGGGUAUUACCUCAUUGGGAUUCCAGUUGGAUUAUCGCUGAUGUUUCUAACAAAACUUGGGGUUAUGGGUCUAUGGAUUGGAAUGCUUUGUCCAAUGUUGCUACAAACUGGCAUCCAUAUACCGUAUAUCUUUUGUAUGAACUGGUACAAGGUUGGUGAAGAGGCUAAAAUAAGAGCUGGAGUGAAACCGGUGAAAGUACCUGACUCAAGAAGUUCAAAAAAUGAUAUUUUGAAAUCUGAAUAUGGGGGCACAACAAUGUCUGAUUCCAGCUUUAUUGCCUCUCUGACCCCUGGAGAAGAUCAUACAAAGCAACUGGAGUUAAAAGAUGAUCUACCAAUGGAAACAACUAAUGUUGUAGGUGAAAUCCUCUCCACUAAACAGCUGAUUGUCCGAAGGGGACUAGCAUUGCUUCUAUGCAUUAGCUUACUAAUGAUUGGUAUCGCUAUUAAACUAGUUACUACUAAAAAGGUAACACAGGAUCUAAUGAGCCUCGAUUAGCAUACGUAAACAAGUGUGCCAUGUUUCCAAGACAAUUUUCCCAUUACAGACCAUUGCAAUCCCCUAACCAAAAAUACAUAACAA